GGUGGUGCAGUUGUCACUUUUUUAAUCUAGCUACGUGUGUACUUCUGUGCUGGCAGCGCCCAUGUAGGACGCCUCGCUUCUUUCUUCUUAUUCUGAGUUCGUGAGCAUUUAGCAGACACGAGGCGCUUAUUCCCGUGAGUCAGACCCUGGCAGUAUUUUGCCUGAUGUUGUAACUAAUUAAAUGUGUUGUUUUUUGUGUGCUGGCUAGCUUCUCAGUGCUAGUUGAUAGUAACUGAAGAUUAACAUCUGACAGAUCUGCCUCUUGUCUUCGGCGACCAGUUCUAACGGUGGUAUGAAUCAAAUGGAGAUGUCCAGGAGAAGCGCCAGGUUGGGCACCAAGGAUCUGCCCGACGACGAUGCAGCCAGCACCAGCUCCACUGGCUCCACGGGUCAGGUCUCCUACAGAGAGACUCCAGUCAGGAUCUUCAAAAGGAAGACUGGGGGUCGUAAGCCGGCGGGCUCUUCGCGAACCUCCAGCCGUGAUAGCAGCGUGUCCGGCGAGACGGUCAACCAGAGCAGUGACCCAAUCCAAACGGACAGAUACCCUAGCGUGUCCCCCUCCGUGCGGAGUGUGGUGUCGGUGCUGCGUGCACCCAUAGGGAGGUCCAGCAGCAGCAGUCGUUUCCAGCAGGAGGCUCCAGGCUUCUCCUCUGGGUACUCGUCCUCUGAAGAGGCCUACUACAGGCCCAGCCCCAGCCCCAGUGCCAGCGGCGCCUCCAGUUCCCUGCAGUCUCCAGCAGAACCAGAGUUUAGCUUGAAAGAUGCUCUAAGAUCUCCUGCUCAGUCUCUGGUGAUGGUGUACUGGUGGAUGGGCUCAGCCUGGUACAGUCUCACCUCAGGAAUCACAUUCCUGGAUGUGUUCCUACUCAGCAGGCGCACUGCAGGUGUGAGGAAGGCCAUUCUCCUCUUCCUCCUCGUCCUCCUCCUGGCAUUCGGCAUGUGGUAUUGGUAUCCCCACCUCUCACGCAGUCUGUCUCAGAUAUAUGUGAAGAGCAAGCCCAGCCCAGCUCCACCAGGCCCCAUCCAGCACAGAGUUAACGAUGGCAUCCCUCCGGCCAGUCUGUCCAUCCUGAAGGAGGAGAUCUAUAGGCAGCUGCGUGAGCAAGAGGCCCGGUGGUCAGAAACCGCGUCCCAAAACCUGGAGAGUGUAAAGAGAGAGAUCACUCUUCUGAAACAGGACGAACAGAAGCAGAAGCAAGCAACUGAGGUGCUGCAGACUGCUAUUAAGAAUCUUCAAAACGAAAAAGUGACAAUUACAAGUGUGCACUCCGAGCAGCAGAACUCGCUGGGCCAGGAGCUGGAGGGGGUCCAGCAGCAGAUCACACUGCUGAGAUCUGAAGUGUCCGACCUGCGUGCCGCCUCAGACUCACUCCAGAACAGGAUCACAUCCCAGGAAGCUUCUCAAACCAAAGCUGCUGCUCAGCUGAAGGAGGACUUGUCCAGCUGGCUUCUGCAGAAACUCUCAUCGCAGCGCCAGCCCCAGCCUCUGCCCAGGGACGUGGUGCUGCAGCCUCACCUGCAGGGGGCACUGGAGGCCCUGGAGCAGCGUCUGCUGACGCGCCUGGCAGAGGAGAAGGAGAGCCAGAAGACGGACGCCUGGAGGACUGUGGGGGAGACGCUGCAGAGGGAGGGGGUGGGGGCCAUCACCGUUCAGGAUGUGGAACAGAUUGUGCACCGAGCCUUGAGUUUGUACCGAGCUGACGGGAUUGGCAUGGCUGACUAUGCGCUCGAGUCUUCAGGGGCGAGUGUGAUCAACACGCGCUGCUCUGAGACGUACAGGACCAGGUCGGCUUGUCUGAGCCUCUUUGGGUUCCCCCUGUGGUAUCACUCCGAGAGCCCCCGCACGGUCAUUCAGCCUGAACUGUACCCUGGGAAAUGCUGGGCUUUCCGUGGGGGCGAAGGCUUCCUGGUGAUCGCGCUGUCCUAUCCAGUGCGCAUCACUCACGUGUCCCUGGAGCACCUCCCGAAGGUCCUCUCUCCCACCGGCCGCAUCGACAGUGCCCCCCGCAGCUUCGCUGUCUACGGUAUGUCCAAUGAGCACGAGGAAGGCACCGCUCUGGGGACCUUCACUUAUGAUCAGAAUGGGGAACCUGUCCAGACCUUCAAACUCCCGGCCCCGGUGAGGGACGCGUACCGGAUGGUGGAGCUGCGUAUCCUGAGUAACUGGGGCCACCCAGAGUACACGUGUGUGUACCGCUUCCGAGUGCACGGCGAAGCAGAGGAGGCCUGAAGACAGGAGCACAGCACGGGGGGGGGGGGGGGGGGUGAGGAAGGAGUAGAGAGCGGUCAGUUGAGAUUUCAGUUAGACCCCCCCCCCCCCCUCUCUCUUUCUGUCCACUGUCCACUCAUGAAGGUGAUACUGCUCAUUAGAUCAGGAGUUAUCACACAAAACUGCCUCAUUCAUAAACACACACACACAUUCUGUUUCACUCACUGUUUCACUCACAGACACAUGCACACAGUGUUGGAAAGUAACGGAUUGCUGAUUUUAUAAAUCCAUGUAGUUACAUUAUAGUUUAAAUUUUUUUUAAAGAUUGCACCAUUAUACUCUUUUGUAAACAAGCUACUGCAUCAGACAGGCCUCCAACUGACCCAUCUUCUCACCCGUGUUGACACACCAGUAAACAGGAAAGCGUGAAAAAGUGUCCGAGCAUGUUCAAGAAAGUGUUACAUCUGUUGUCCUCUGCUCUAGUGCUGCAAAAAGCAAACAUAAGGAAGGUUACAUCUCUUAAUAUGUUGCUAGUGAAAACAGAACACAAAAUAUCUGCUAAGCGAUGAAAAUAUCAUUUGACUUUACCAAAUUAUUUUUGAAAAUCAGUGAUGCAAUCUGAAAGUUACAUUAUUUACGAUUUUACAAUAGAAAAUAUUUUUACCCAUGUAAAUUCCAUAGUGUAAUUCACCCAUACUGUGUGUGUGUGUGUGUGUGUGUGUGUGUACUCAAAACCACAGGCAACGCAUAAUAUAAUAUUUCAGUCACAGAUUACAGAUAUGUACAUUUGUUGAAUACUUUGCACUAUUUAAGCAAAUUUAUUGCUAUUGACAAAUGCAUAGGAAUGUUUCCCCUUUGCUAUUUAUUGUUUGUAUUGAUGAAGAGAGGCUUCUGGUGUUCUGCUACUGCAUCUGUUGCUUAAUUUGGCUUUGUCUGAUGCUUUAUGGUCAUUUUAUGCACUGCCAGUUCUCAGCUAGCAACACAUGCCUAAGAGGAGGUAAAGUUCGUCUGCGGGUGUUAAUCUCUCCUCUUGCUUUAAAUAUAUUCAUUAGUGAGACCAUAUCACAUUUCUCCAGUACAGAGAUGCGCUCAGCAAACUAUAUUGACAUGCAUGCUAGACAUGAUGCUGUUUGCAGUUUGAUAGCUGACUAAGAUUGAAUGUAUUACAUCUGUUUGAAAUAUUUUUAUUUUGGUUUGUCAAAUACAGUGUUAUUUUAGUUUCUUUUCUUAGUAAAGCAUUUUUAGGAACUGAUUAGUAAACUGAUUUUAUUUAAAGAGAGUGUGAACAUGUAACUUGCAGGUUAAAUUUGUCACUGUUGGUAGGCGAUCCAUGGAGCUGGACAGUGGGUAUACCCCGAACAUUCUAUUAAACACUGAUUGGCAAUGGAAAAAAAAACCUGUUGCAGCGAUUACCAGUUGUCACCUGAUUGUUUUAACAAUCAUACUUUUUGAAACAACACUGUAUGAAGUUAUAACAAUUAAUCAACCAACCAUGGAACAAAUAACAUUCCAUACAUCAUACUAGGAGUCAUCUCUGGCUGGGGGGCACCAGCCCCAUGUGCAGCACUAGAUUAACCACAGGUGCUUCUGUCCCAGCGGAGCCACAUUUGUGGGUGACAUUAGCUGUACCGACACCAAGAUUCUUAUUUUGUUUUUUAAAUACAGUACACUUCAAGACAUUUAAAGAUUUUUUUGUUUGCUUCAUUUCCCUACAAAUUAAUUAAUUAUCUUAGCCUGCAAGUUUCUCUUUAAGCCAUUUGUUAAAGCAUUUCUAUUUUUUGCUUCCAAACUGAUACUUGAAACUGGGUCAUGGAUGGAAAUAUUUGACUAUAUAUUUUUGUAGGGCCAUAACUAUUGGAACAGACUUGAAUCCAUCGGGGCUAUAAUAUUGUUUUGUAAUAUGUAAAAAAAAAAAAAAGAAAUGUAUUUUGAAAUGUUAGAAAAAAUCAGUCACAUUCAUUAAGAUUUUGUAUUUGAGAUUUUUUUAAGUGUAAAUAUUGGCCUCAUUCUUUUUUAAUAGUUUUGUUUUCAGUGUAAGAUGUGAUCAUCAUAGGCUUCUUAUGUAAACACAACUGAUAUAGUAUUACUAAACAAACUCUCCAAAAGGCUAAAAUCCAUAACAUAGAUUCAAAGAAGGUAGAAUUACACAAACACAAGUCUGUACUCAAAACUUGAGCUCACAGCCUUACUGUCUUCAUGGGCACAUGAAUGUUAACAAGUCAGUGGUUGGUCAUGUUUAAAUAUUAUGCCUCUAGCCAUGUCUUUAUUUACAAGACCGUGCAUCAGAACACUGUUCUUAACACAUGUUAAAUUGCUGGGAGUAACAUGGCAUAUAGUUAUGCUAAACAGAUCAUCAUAUAUUUUACCUCUGCAUUUAUAGAUUAAAAGAUUUUGUGGUACUGAAUGUAUUUGAAUUGUGUAUGGGUCAGAUUUCUAAAACAAGCUGAAAGAUUACCGUAACCAAGUUUAUAUAUAAACUGGACUAGAAUAUUGAUAUAUAACAUUUGAGUGAAAGUUAAACAUUUUCAAGGUGUUCCUUAGUGGUGGAUAAACAUUGCCUUGUGUUUAAACUUCUGAUUAUUUAUGCCUUUUUGUCUUUAUCUGCAAGAGUAAAACUGAUCUUUGUAUUGUGCUUGUUUUAUUCUAUCUUAUACCACUGAAAAAAAGUGUCUAAUUUAACAAAACGUAUAUUCAACAUAUUAUGCACUCAAGUAUUUUCAUUUUCAAGGGUGUUGAGAAAUAUGGAAUAAAAAUGUUUUACCUCAUUGUGAAAGUAAUCACCAAUACGUCAAUCACAGUAAAUUACUCAACAUGUUACGGUACAUUUCAGAUAUUCUCAGAAGUAUUUUAUUUUAUUUUUUAUUUUAUCCAUUGUUUUUAUCCAUGUCUCCUGUAACAUAAAUUGACAUUGGUUGUUGGAUAUAUUUUCCCUUGCUGGUUUGGGGAUGAUAAGAUAUUUUAUGACAGGGUAUCAUGACUAAAGUGCUUCUUGCUCCUUUGACAUAGCUCAUAAAUAGCUGUAGAACAUGUUGUGUAGUGUCUUGAUUAUCAGAUAUUUUCCCCCACAUGCAUAUAAGCUAACCAUAGCUGAAUAUCCGUAAUCAAGCAUUGCUUUUGUAAUAUUUGUAUUCUUAAAUAAAGUUAUUACUUUAAUAAUUGGA